CUUUUGGACAACAUCUGUGUAGUGUUCCGUCCUCUUUCGUCGCUCAAGUUGUCCUCCGUGGUUCCCCUGGCGGCGAUCUUCCAAGAUCUGCGAGAUGACUCCCGCAGCGAUACUUGGGGUGCUCCUCGCUUGCGGCUUGGUGCAUGGGUUCGACAUUCGAGAAGAGCGGGUGGUCUUUCCCGUUCCUGGGGCUGCUGUAUCUGCUGAGGGGGAGGCCAUCGAGCCACUCGAGGGAUUUGUGGUGAGAACAAAUGUGCACACAGAUCACCACCAAAGGUGUUGUUAUUGUAUGAGGUUGUGCUGCAGCUUUCGUCUAUUCGUCUGUGUGUGUAGGCCUUUGACGCAGAGAAUGAGCUGGGUGACAAACCAAGACCCACGAUACUCAUCAUUCCUGACGCGUAAGCAAUGCAGCACUGGCACACCAACCAACACACGCUCUUCUGUUUCUGCUUUGUCAGUGACGGGCUCACUGACUUUGAGGAGAACCGCGCCAGGAUGCUGGCAAUGCUGCCCGAAGGCUGGCUGGCCUUCGUCGCACCCAUGUACAACGCGUCAGCGGUAGCAGACAUCGAUCGGCCGCAGAGGCGUGACGUCAUGGCCACCGUAUUCGCAGACAAGGAGGGCCUCAUCAGCCGCAUAUCCGCUGCUGUCAGCUUCCUCGAGACGGUCCCAACGGUAAGCGAGACCUUGCAAUGGGGAUCGGAUCACACCACGUUUCUGCCUCGUUCCUUGGUUUUCAAAGGCUGACACGUCGAAGAUCGUGGCGACGGGGUACUGUUUCGGCGGAUCCAUCGUGGCUGACCUGGCGCGCGCCAAUGUGAGCCUGGCAGGUGUCGUGUCGUACCAUGGCGGUCUGUCGCGCAUCCUGGAGAGAGAACAACAGCCCACAGACUUCGGCGACACACGAGUGAGAUGAAAUACAUACAUACAGGGGGCAGAGAGAGAGGUUCUGUGGAUGUGGCUUCACUCUGUGUGUGUGCGUGUGUGUGCAGGUGUUGAUGCUGAAUGGUGCCGAUGACCCUCUCAUCCCCCGCGGUGACGUGGAGGAGUGGAUCGGCAUCAUGCAGGAGGGACAGGCAGGUCAGUCACCUCACCCACACACGUCACACCAGGACACGACACGUCAAGUGCUGCCCCGACCACGUGUGUGGCGCGCGUGUGUGCAGACUUUGAGUUCACUGACUUCUCUGACACGCUGCACUCGUUCACUCGACCAGACGCACAAGGGUCAGCUGGCUGCACAGCAAGGGGACAGCCGGCGUGUCUGUGUCUGUGUCUGUGUCUGUCUGCUGAUUCAUAUCAUUAUAUGGCCCGUGUGUGUGUGUGUGAUCAGCGACCGUUCCCGCUAUGAUCUGUAUGCGGAUCAGCGCUCCUGGCUCGCCACACACCACUUCCUCAAGUCAGCCAGCAAGAUGACCGUAGUAGCUGCAUCUGCAUAAUGGCAACAAGUGCUGUGUUGUGUGGGGUCAGUUUGGUGUUUGGCUUCUCGACCCCCUGGAGCCUGCCCGAGUCGCCAGCGACACUUGUCAAGGAGGAUGUCUCGUUCAUGGCACGCUCAGCACAGAUCAGAACAAGGCUCCCGUCAAUCAUCGUACAAUCGUGGGUGGAUGUUGUGUAUGUGUGUCUGUGUCAGGAUGGGGAUGAGGAGCUGACGGGCUACAUUGUCUACGACAGCGCCAAGGUGAAGGACAAGGCACCUGUUGUCAUUGUCACCCAAGACUGGUCGGUCAGCCCACGCUGCACACAUCAAGCAGGUGUGCAAGUGAGUCUGUCUGUCUGCCGUUGCCAGGGAUGGCGUGAACGACUUUGAAAGGAUGCGAGCAGAUGCGACGGCAUCGCUCGACCAGGGUAUGUGUAUAUGCGCAGAUAUGUGCACAUGUGUAUACGUAAUGUGUAUGCCCAUUGUGUGCACACGUCAGGUUACCUGGUCUUUGCGUCGAGUGUCUACCCUGUCGGGUCGGUCUACGAGACCAUCGAGCAGCGCAUCGCACUCAUUGGCGGCUUCUUCGGCGACCUCGACAAUAUUCGGUGACACACUGCUGUCCGCCAUGCAUCCAACCACCAUAUUGUGUUGUGCGUUGACGGGCAUGUGCGCAGUUCUCGCAUGACGGCCAUUGUCGAGUACAUCAAGGAACACGAGCUCGCAGACCCUACCAACAUCAUUGCCACCGGUCAGCUGCCACACACGCGUGUGCGCACGCUGUACUCAUAUCUCUCUUUGUGUGUGUGUGUCAGGGUAUUGCUUUGGUGGGAGCAGUGUGCUCGAGCUGGCGCGUGCCGGCGUGGAGGGCGUGAAAGGUGUGGUGUCCUUCCACGGAGGGCUCGACAGCCUGGCCAACACCAACGUCACGUCGGACUUCGGCGACACAAAGGUACGCAAGAUCCAUCCACGAACGAGUGCACCUCGUGUCGUCCAAUGCUUCCUUCCUUGUGUGUGCCGACCGACAUCAGGUAUUGAUAUUGACGGGCAACGAUGACGACGGCAUCAGCCGGUCCGCCGUCGAGACAGCCAUUGCAACCAUGAAGGCCGACAACGCAUGUACAGACACACACACACACACAGCGGGCAAACAGCAUCCACGGCAUUUUCCGCGCGCGUGUGUGUGUCUGUGUGUUCCUCUCUCUGUGCAGCAUAUGAGGUGACAUCCUACGGCAACACUGUCCACAGCUUCACCGAGCCGACCGCCGACUCGUCCAACAGCCGAUACAGCCCUUACGCCGACCAGCGCUCGUGGGAGAGCAUGGUGGACUUUUUUGAGUCGACAUUCGGCCUGGCUGAGAGCCCUUUGCCGUCGGUGGGCAAAGUCGGCGGCAACGGGGGAAGGCGCCGGCGGACCCUCAGAGCCGCUGAAUGAAUGAUGGAGGAGGAUUGCUUUGUUUGUUCAAUUCUCGGCCGUUGCGGCGCAAUGCUCCUGCAUGUGUCUCUCCUGGCUGUCUGUCUUUCUGGCGCCUGUGCGUGAGGGCAUUUUGUAGUGCACAUAUGUCUGCAGGCCUAUGUCUUUCUAUCCACGCAUUAUGCAAUUUUGGCCGUUCGUGUGUGAUGUGGCUCGUGGCCGUUCCUCUGUGUCAGUCAGUCAGUCAGCCGCGGCUGCCCCUGCAGAGCGCUUCUUGCCGUGUGUAGAUCGAGCCAAUCGUUUUUCGUCUCUGUGCUGUGCUGUGCUGCUGGUUUGGUGUGUUGAUUGGUGCAUGGAUGGCAGGUGUGCAUGCGAGAGGCAUGCAGGCUAGGCUGAGCGGACCGGGCGGCUGAGUUGAGCGGUUGUCGGAAUGUGAAUGGGAGACAUGAGAGACGAAUAUGUAAUGCAUGGAGACAUUACAUCCCCAAACACCUUAGUGUGACGCACACACACCGAAUAUAAAAUGCAGUCAGCGAUC